AUGAAUAAAAAAUUAGCAAACACAUAUAACUAAAUAUCUGAUGUUUUUUCGAGAGCAUAAAUUAAGAAUGCUGUUGAAUCUCUUGAUAAUUAUCAAGAUAGACUUAAAUUAAUUGAUUCAAUUAUUGACAGAAGAUAAGAAAUUAUAUAAGCAAAUGAAAUUACAAAAUAUGCACAUAUAUUUAGAAGGAUGAUUUAGAGAUACAGGAAUAAAAAAUAAGACUAAGCUGCUAAUUAAAGAUUAUAAAUGUAAAUGGUCAUGAGUCUAUUUGCUCCAAAUGGAAAAUAAUCUUCACCAAAACAUUUAUUAAAAAAUCUAGAAUAAAAAAGAGUUGAUCCACAAUAACUAAAAAUUAAAGACAUAUCAGUAUAACGUAGAGAUGCAGUAUAAUUUAAAAUGAUUCGAUCUUCAAGAGUAGCCAAUUUAAAUACUCAGAAAAAGUAUUUUAACUAGACAGAUAAUUCUAAAGGAGGUUGUCGAUAUUCAAGUAGAACUUAAAGAUUUUUAAGUUCUAUUGAUCCAGAAGAACAAUAUUAAGAGAAGGAAUUAUGUUUAUUAAGUUUAGAUGAUCAAGAAAGUAAAUCAUUAUAGAGUAAGAUAAAAUAAAGUGUAAUUCUUAAAACAAGAAUAAACAUUCAUCAAAAUACUAAAGUAUGAAAUUCUACUUACUUAAGGAUAAUGAAAAUGCUCUCAAAUUAUUUUCAAAGUAACAUAGCACCUUAUCUAAAAGAUAAUAUAAACCAGUAUCAUAACCAUAACUUACAGAUAAUUUUGAGAAAGAAUAAGAAAUGCAAAAAUACGAGCAAAUUUAAAAUCUUAUUAGUUAAGAAGGAUCUUAUUUAUCGUACUCUGAAAAUCGUCUAAAUUAGUUAUACAAAAAAUCAUAACAAAUUUAGACAACUUAAUCAAAAAGUUAACAUAAUCAAAAACUAAUUAAAACUAAUAAAGAAAUUAUUGAAAUAUCAAAAAUUAAAUUAUCACCUUAGAAUCAUUGA